CUGUGUCAUUUCUGUCUCCUGUCAGUGCUGAGUAUACGUGGUGUGCAGGAGGAAGACCCCCCAGAUCCCCAGAUCAUGCGUUUGGACAACAUGCUGCUAGCAGAGGGUGUUUCAGGACCAGAGAAAGGUGGAGGAUCAGCUGCAGCCGCUGCAGCUGCAGCAGCAGCAGGAGGCUCACCCACCGACAGCAGCAUCGAACACUCUGACUACAGAGCCAAGCUUGCCCAGAUCCGUCAAAUAUAUCAUUCUGAGCUGGAGAAAUAUGAGCAGGCCUGCAGUGAGUUCACCAACCAUGUAAUGAACCUUCUGAGAGAGCAGUCUCGCACACGACCCAUCUCCCCCAAAGAGAUUGAGCGCAUGGUGGCCAUAAUCCAUCGCAAAUUCAGCUCCAUUCAAAUGCAGCUCAAACAGAGCACCUGUGAGGCCGUCAUGAUUUUGCGCUCACGCUUCCUCGAUGCCAGACGUAAGAGGCGCAACUUCAACAAACAAGCUACAGAAGUGUUGAACGAGUAUUUCUACUCCCACUUGUCCAACCCUUACCCUAGUGAGGAGGCAAAAGAGGAACUGGCCAAAAAAUGUGGGAUCACUGUGUCUCAGGUCUCUAAUUGGUUUGGCAACAAGAGAAUACGCUACAAGAAGAACAUCGGUAAGUUCCAGGAGGAAGCGAACCUGUACGCAGUUAAAACGGCGGUGGAUGCUGCCAAUGUGUCGGCGCAGGCCAGCCAGGCUAACUCUCCAGCAACGCCCAACUCAGGUGACACCUACCUUGGCCUGCGUUCCCUCAACGGUGAGGGUCUCAACAUCGCCCCCUCUCUACAGCCUCAGGUGGAUACCCUGCACCGUGCUACACACCUGACGGGCGGCUAUGAGGAGUUGUCGGGUAGUGGCCUCUUCACCCCUCAUCGCCUGGAUGCUAACAGCUGGCAGGACACCACCACCCUUUCCUCUGUUACCUCCCCCCCUGGUCCUCCUGGCAGCGUCCACUCCGACACCUCCAACUGA